AUGUCGCAGUCUGGAUCGGGUGAAGCGAACGACAGCCAGGAACAGAACCAAGCUGAUCAGACGAUGGAGAACCAACAGACCACGUGUCAGAACGGUCGAGCGGAGCCGCCUGCCGACAACUCCAAGCAGGAUCUCUCAAAUGGCUUCGAGAAUCGGACCAUCGAGUACGAGAGGUUCGUGCAAGACAAGCCACAACAGAAUCAAACCGCAGGGAAGAAUCAAGAGCAACAGGCUCAGACCGGUCAAUAUCCAGGUGGUAGAAGGCAAUCGGUGGUAGGUCUCCCUGAGGAUAGACACCCCCCAUCGGGACAGCUUCCUCCUCAGCAAUACACUCAAGAUAAAUCCGCCAUCGAGAAGACCCAGCACGUUUCUCAAACCAGCACUCAAACCCUACUGGUCCAAACUCACCCUCAAUUCGUGCCUGAUUACGACCAGACCCAGUACACCCAGAUACGAAAUCAGUUCGAGAUCAGACCUCAGAUGUACCCUCAGCAGGCACAGUACGCUGAGAGAGCCGGUUACGUAACCAGAGACGUUACAUAUAGAGAUCCAGCUCUGUACCAAGGAGGCGCGACGAAUCCAGUGUUCGCUGGCCAGGGUCAAUACGUGACAGUGCAACAUGGGUCUCAGAUACCCUCUCAAUCAGCCAGUCCACAGCCGCCAUAUUUCUCAGGAGUAGUAGUGCCUCAGCCCCCUAGCUAUCAAUUUAGCUCGCAGCCUCAGUACUCCUACAGUCAGUACCCUCAGACAGUUAUGAAUCCAGUCCCCUACAAUCCCCAUGCGGGCAUCUAUUCAGCUCAGCAGUUCGGUCAGCAGUCCCCUAACCCGCAGAGAUUCUCUCAAGACCUAGGUCAGUACCAGACCCAGCCCAUCAUUCAACCCAUCGCUCAGAACGUUGCUCACGGCAUCGCCAUCGCUACCACCGAUCGACCCAGUCGUGGACCCAAGCCCAUGGUCCCUCCGCGAGGAAACUCGAAGAUCACUCACGACACUGGUCACAGGAAGUCCGCGAGCGUCGACGUUCCAGGCAUACAGAAGCCUAAGUACGACUCCGGGCAGAAUCCUCCUCAGGAUCAGAUCCACCGCAGCGAAGGAGCGAUAAUCGUUCAAGGCACGCAGAUAAUCGCUGACGGACAAGAGAGAAGAUACCUGGCGACCAUCAAUCAGACACCAAGGACGAGGCAGGACGGUCUUUACGUCGACACCAACGGUGAUCCACCUGGACGGGAGAAGAUAUGCGAGGCGGUGGCCACCGAGUGCGGGCUGUACGUGGCCAGGCCCGAACACAGGAAAUCUAUUUCCGUGGACGUCACGUCGAGCUUCCCGCGUCGAAACGACACGAUUACUUUCACGUUUCCCGGCGAUACGAAUCAAGAAAUAUUGAUACCGGCCAGGAAGCCCGCGAGCAUGGCGGAUCCGAAACGAGUGGAAGCCAAUCAAGUGUACCCGCCUGAUCAAAGGCGAUUGGACGCGAGCUUGAGAGUAUCGCCGAUGGCCUUCGAUGCGAGACAGGAAAAUAGGAAGAGCAUAGGGGCUGAUAGGAAGCCCGAGUGGGGUAACGUGAGCCCUAAUCAGCGAGUGGCGAUGCCGCAAGAAAACAGACGGUCUGAUUACUUCGAGGAGCAUAGAAGAUCACCGAUGACAAUCGAAGGAAAAAGAAUGGAGGACGUAAGGAGAUCGCCGAUGCCGUUCAUGCCGAUUCGCGAAGCUUCCGUGGACCGUGCUGGACAGAAGAGUCCCUCGUUCGUGAAUCAAAACUUCGAGAAAACUAGACAGGAGCUGGCGAUAUGGGCGGAGCAGAGACAACGACAGGAGCACGAGAAGAAUUUAAUUCAGAAUCAGAUGAUGUCUACUAGCCCGCGUUCUCGCAAUCAGUCGGAGGAAAGGAGAGAUUCCAGGCCCUUGCAUCAAACGGAGGAACGGAAAGAGACGAGGAUGACGCAGUCCGCUUUCCAACCGUUGCCUAAUAUCAGCCAGAGCACGAUAAUGGAGCAACGUCGUCAUCUUCGACAUGUCAGCGCCGAUUUAACGAAGCACAUGGAGCUGUCGAGGAAGGAGUUCGACGACCAGCCUAUCAGUGGCUCUGUAGCUAAUCUUGGACCAGCAGUCAGCACUGUUCCGUCGCAGAGAGCCAGCCCGAACAUAUGUCACCAGUAUCCAGCUCUCAGCGAAGCGAAACUGGACACGAAGACUGUCCUGACCGUGGUGACUGACUUCGGUGACACGAACCUGAACAAACCGAACGAUCAGGUCGAUCACAUUAUACACAGCCAUCGCAAGAGUUACAAUAUCUCGAGUAAUUUGUUGACUCACAGCAAGAGCCAAACGGAUAAUCUUCAAAGCCAGCUCGACUCCCAGAACGAGAAGCCUGACUCCCUCCAGGCCCAGCAGCAGCAGUUACAGAAUCAACGGAAUCUCGAUUUGAUUUCCGAGAAGCUCAGCCAAUUCGAGCGCCAACAGAGCGAUCUCCAAGCGAAGCUUCAGUGUCUUCAGAACCAGAAUCAAAUUCUGGACAAGGUUGCUCAGUUCCAGCAUCAGCAGAGCGACUACCAGGCGCGUUUGCAAAGCCUCCAGGCGCAGAAUCAGCUUUGCGAUAAGCUGCAAAGAUCCGCGGAUUUUCAACAGUAUGCGAUCGGUAACGAGAUCCAUCAGGUCCAAUCGAACUCACUGCCCAACCACCAGGAACAGCCCGAUAAGAGCUGCGCGUCACAGAGCCAGCAUCCCUCGCACAGUCAUCAUCAAACGUUAUUGACUGCCUCCUAUUCACAGAACUCUAAUCAUCAAUCCUGCCAAUCGUCUGUCCGCGAGAAGCUGUCGCCGAGGCUUCAGCACGAUACCGGCGACCCAAAUUCUAUACAGAUACCGAGCAUGUCGCAGAUGCCGUUGCCGUGUCUGCCGCAAUUCGAGCGCUCCGACACGUCGCGUGUUUCGUUCACGCAGUUCCAUCGGCUUCAAUGUCAGAUCGACGGCCACGAGGGCGCCGCUGCGUCGCCAGGCGGCGCUACCGCGACUUUCACGGGAACCCUGAAGAAGGUGCCGCCGGAAAAGCCCCCGAGAACGUCCCUGAUCAUUCAGUCGCCUGAGUCGGAGAGCAACCGUAGCCAGCCAGCCAUUGGCCUGAAGGAGAUGCCGAAGGUGCGGCCAACCAUUUUCGGCACAGUCACCACGGAGCCCAAUCUGAAUCCCAAGGAUGGCAACAGUCGAAGGAGCUUGCCACAAACCCCAGCUGGCGGUGUCGGUGGAAAAGGAAGCGGAAGUGCCGGCGCCGGUUCUAGUAUGGUCAAUGGUUCCGGUACCGAUCAUCAGGAUAUUCGUGACGGGGCUGCUUUAAACACAGAGCACGCCCUGGUUUAUCGGGACGGGAACCUCGUCUCCGGGUCUCUGGAGGCCCUGGUGCAGCACAUGGUGCCCACCGAGGAGUAUUAUCCCGAUCGGGCGUACCUCUUCGCCUUUUUGCUGAGCGCCAGGCUCUUCAUCAAGCCGCACGAGCUCCUGGGCGAGGUCUGCGCCCUCUGCGAGCAUCAGCAAAACCUGAAUGGAGAGGGUGGCAAGGAGCGUCUACAGCGUUUCGUUCCGCGACUGGUGCAACUGCUGGCCGAAUGGACGGAAACAUUCCCGUACGAUUUCCGGGACGAGAGGGUGAUGGGUCACGUCAGGUCCAUCACGCAGAAGAUCGCUGCGGUCGACGCUGCGGCCCGGCAGGAAGUUUCAGCGUUGCUGCAAAACUUGCUGCUACGACUGACGGCCCUGGAAAGGUACGAGGAGGGUCUGGCCAGGCUCGCGACCGAGGCAGCUACCGACCAACUUACACAGGUGGACAUCACCGAGCUGUGCCCCUCGGCCACGGUUCUGGCGCAGCAAUUGACCCACGUGGAGCUGGAGAGGCUCUCUUACAUCGGCCCCGAAGAAUUCGUCCAAGCAUUCGCCAAGGAGUCUCCUCAUCUGGAAACAUCGUUCAAGGAUAUGAAGAAAACGCGCAAUCUGGAGUCGUACGUCCAGUGGUUUAAUAGACUAAGCUACUUCGUAGCAACGGAAGUGUGCAAGCAUCCGAAAAAGAAGCAGCGUGUGCGUGUGGUUGAGUACUGGAUCGAAACAGCCCGCGAGUGCUUCAACAUUGGUAACUUCAACUCUCUGAUGGCCAUCAUUGCUGGCCUGAACAUGUCACCGAUAUCUCGUCUGAAGAAAACGUGGUCGAAGGUGCAGCUGGCGAAAUUCUCGAUCCUGGAGCAUCAAAUGGACCCGAGCAGCAAUUUCAGCAGUUAUCGCAGCACCCUGAAGGCAGCAAUGUGGCGUAGCGCCGGCGCUACGGACGAGCGACAGAGAAUCGUCGUACCCUUCUUCAGCUUGCUGGUCAAGGAUCUCUACUUCCUGAACGAAGGAUGCAGCAACAAGCUACCGAAUGGACACAUUAACUUCGAGAAAUUCUGGCAGCUGGCGAAGCAAGUGACGGAAUUCAUCGCCUGGAAGCAAGUUGCGUGUCCCUUCGAGAAGAAUCCUCGUGUCAUUGCCUUUCUUCAGGCGAGCCCGGUGCUGACCGAAAAUGCUCUGGCGUUGGCAUCUUUCGAGUGCGAGCCACCCGACAACAACCCAGAGAAGGAGCGUUAUAAAUCUUUGAAGUCGGAGCUGAACGCUCAGUGAAAACGAGCUACCGUGCAACGCGUCGAAUGGGAGCGAUAUUGACGGACCGGUAUAUAAAUAGACGCACUCAUAUAAAUGUUAAUAUAUUCACGCACGAAUCUUCUACGAAAUGAGGUCAGCCUCCGCGAGGAUCGAGGGGAGGCAAGAAGAAAUGCUGUUUGGCGAACGAGAGACUCGCAAAGGACGAUGAGCUUGUGAAAGGACGAAGAGAAAACUUCCGAAGCGAUUAGCUCGCGAUGGAGAACAACGCAAAAAGUAAAAGAAGAAUAAUUCAACGUAGUGAUCUCGCAUCGGUUAAGGACAUCAUUUAGGUACUAGGAAAACCGACGCGGUCGUCGACGAUUUCCGACGAAGCCAACUUCUUUUUUUGCUCUGCGUGGCAACAUUUUUUUUCCCUGUACGCGGUAAACUGAUGUUUCCUCCUUGCAUGACGCGUUACCACGUUCUGUAACGCUUGAAGAUGCCUAAUACACAGCGUCAUUUGCGUUUAGCUGCGCUUUCGACGCGUCGACUGCAACGCAGAGGUGGACCGAACACUUUCUAGAUACAAAUUUCGAAAAACGAAUAAACGUAAACAACUCUUCAUCCGUUAAUCGUUAAAUACUAGUUGUAAUUUGAAGUACAUUACAAUGAAUAUGCGAAGAUUUGCAAGACGCAUGCAGAAUAUUCAAUUGAACGUCACGAAUCAAUUGCUGUGCGUUUUAUUCGUUACUCGAAUAAAAUUUUCUCCAUCUCUACGGCCACGUUACGCGUAUACGACUAACGCUAAUGUUUCGGUAUUGCGACGUCGUUUCCCAGGGUGUAAUUAAACCGCUGAUUUUGUGCAUGGAAUAUGAAAACCAUAUGCGAAACGUACGCAGAAUAUAUGCACUUACGAGAAAUAAAAUAUUAAUAUUACUGUGUUAAUUUAUGAAAUAUUUAUCUAUAUACGUUUCGUGUGUGCUUCCCAUAUUAGCGCGCGCUGUGAAAACUUUUGGAAAGAGUGAAGGUAUUGAGACUAAAACAGGGAUGGAUUGAGAUAAAGACUUCAAGGGUUAUAGCAUAGGAUAUUCCUCUGCUGGAGAAUAUUCAAAGUCUAAAUGAAAAGUUGUUGUGCAACAGUUGUGUCAAAGUAUAAGUACUUCAAAUUGUUUAUUUAACCCUUUGCCGUCCUAUGUCGAGUGAGACUUGACAGAACUGUACUGAAAUCAGAAAAUCUGGACUGCAAAUGGUAAAAGAGGGUUCGAUUGAUACACUGUGUACAUAUUUGUAGGAAACUGUGGCAAAAACGGACGAUGUGUACACGUCUCAUAAUUCAUGGGGAAUAUUUCAGGGAUUGUUCGAGCAAAAAUGUGUGUUACCUUGUAUUUGACCUUCAUAAGAGAUGCUUAAAUUCCAAUUGCAAUUUCAUUUCCUGACCAUCAGUAUUCUCUGAUAGUCAAUCAGAUUCCGAACAAGAUCAAAUAAGACAUACGUUCUCCACGAACUUGAAAAAGUGUGAAUCUUGAAAAAUUGCUAAAUCAAUUCCUGAAUCACCUCCCACACCCCACAAGACAUCACAGUGCUUGUAACACGGAGGUCUGCACAAUCUCAAUCCGUCUCUAGUUGGGAGCAUUAAUUGUGAACAAUCCUGAAAGUUUCACGAGAUCAACGUGGACGAAACUCGCACGGAAUCAGCUUAGCAGUCAACGCGUCAACGCUGGUCGAAGUUCCAAGACUCUCAGACGAACCAGUCGCGGGACUUCGAGCGUUCCACGAUCGUUGAAAGCGAGGACCGCGUCGGUCGAGGUCGUCCGCGGAUCGACGAGACGAUCGAUCCGUCGGAGCGCGAAAUUUCACUGGACAGUAUCGCGUAGCAGUAAGGAUAGUUCCUAAGCCCGAGGACCAGCGAGAAAGAGUUCUUGGACACCUUCGACAGAUGCUCGAGGGAUCGUUCUCGAUGGGCCGACCCUUUUGUACAUAGUCCUUUUGAUAUACGCUAACGAAACUCCUAGGUGUGGACAGAGGGAUGCAGGUGGAAGAAGAUGGUUGAGAAAAAAAAAAGUAUAGGGUCGUUCCUGUAGAGUAAGCUGGAGGUUGUUUUAAGAUUCUAGGAUACGUAGUAGCGGACGACGGUCAUCGUGCACGUACUUAACGAACGAGAUACGAUUGGAACGUUUCGACGCAAUCAUCGAUACAACAGGGAUAUACGACUCGCUCGCAACGCGCACACACGUGCAGUUAUUCGGGAAGCGUUUACAUCUUGCCAGCAUUGACGAUAUGUGGCUUCAUUCGCGGUGACGUGUGUUUAGUUACGGUUCUUCACGGUAGAGCUUCAUUACCUUGCUAAUUGAUCGUUAGUCGGGUCUGAUUCUGGUCAUUUGUCGAGGGAGGUCAGCAAUUCUCUGCAGUGAUCGCCCUUUCUUGGGACUCAGUGGUGAAAUAUUAAUAUUGGGGACGACCCUAAUUUAGAUAUUCGAGGAAACAGUCAAUGACCUGAAUGCUCUAUUAAUACUCUUUGAUCUUACUCAAACUACUCAAACAUAGAACUCACUAAUCUCUAAGCUAAGAUCAAAUGAGACAGAUAUUCACAUGAAUGUUUCUUACGUAUUUUCUGUUGGUCAAUGAAUUUCUGAAAUAUUACCUGUAUACCGCAAAAUACACACACAAACACGUAUAUAAAGUCAGUCCCCUCGGUGUCUAUUACAAGAAUCGUUUUAAUGAUAGGUUAGAUGUUUCCAAAUAAGUGUUUUAUUAUGAAUAUAUACAUGAAUAAAUAUUACACGUGUAUAUUUUUAUAAUGAAUAAUUUAUUUGAAAACAUCAAACCUAUCAUUUCAUUUAGACUUUCUUUAAUAGACACAGAGGGUAAUCGAUUACUGUGAAAACUACCCUUCCUACAAGCAACUUUUACUCCACUAUUCCGACUCAGUUUUUCAAGAAGAAUGUGUUCCUCGCGAUCCUCGCAGAAACACAGUUUUUUACAUCGUCGAAGAACCGUUUCCAUACGCGCGUCACUGAUUCACGUUUUAUGUUUUCCUUCGACGAUCUCGAUUUACCAGCGCUCGCUCCUAGCGAAGAAUCGAUCCAGCCGAGAUUCGAUACUUUUGUUUCGUUCAUUGCCUGAAUGAACUCGUAAUAGACGGACAGAGAAACAAUGAGGAAACCAGAGGGGGCGUGGAGGGUUCUGGGGAGAGUUUUGUGAAAACAUAGGGACCAAGAGUUCGUUUUUCCUGUGUAUAAACCGCGUCUGCGAUACGCGACGGAAAAUCCGCGUGCGCCCCGCGAUCCGGAGAGGGAAAUGCGAGGGAAGCAGAACCGUUGAACUUUUCGCUCGCUAAUACGUAAGUUCGCGUACUGAGAGAAACCUUGCAGUCAUUAGGCGUUUAAGUAGAUAAUUUCCGUAUAUUUUUACACGAUUACGUGUCGAAUGUUCUCAUCUUUUGCGAUAUCUGCGGAAUAAACUGGGUAUGAUAAUACACCGGUUCUCCAUUGCAUACGCGUUAUGCACGCAGGUGAGAAAAAUGGACGUGAACAGCUGUUUUCGCUGUGAAGUGUAUCAUAGAUUGUUUACGUUUAAUUUAAUUAUUUAUGUACUCACCGUCGAGCGAUUCUCGUAAUCAGCACGCGCGUAGGAAAAAUUUUAUCAGUGAUUUUAUUUUCGUACUAUUCGUCGUAGGUCUUUGUUAAGAAGCGUUUAAAUUAUGCGAACGUCAACGGGCAGCUCUUCUGGCGCGUUUAAUUUGUAGUUUUCUAUGUAACACUUUUCUUUCGUUCUACCGUUCCUAUGUUAUUUAUACUAAUCGUACGGAUACACGAUAUUUUAAAAACGCAAAAUAUUUUUCUACAUUUCUAUCGACCGUUUCCGUGAUAAAGGCUUCGAUUGUAAUUAAUUUUAAAUAGUUUUAAUGGUACGUAAUGAAGGUUUGUUCGUUAUGUAACACCAGUCCGUCUCAAUGGACCGAGCAUUUUACGCUACAGGAUUAAUCGAUGCGAAUCUUUGGUCGUAGUUGUUGAUACUUUUAACGAUAUGUAUUUCGCGUUCUUCUCUCAGUACGAGAAACAAAUGUGUAUUAUAUGCAACAGAGUAGCGUCGUAUGUACGAGAACGAACCAGAGUCUGCGCGAAGAUCGCGCGAUAAAGAAAGUAUAAUUCAUCGAUCGAGCCAAAAAAUGAACAACACCAUUUGUACGCCGGACACCUUUCUCCGAACCUUAUUCUUUUUUUUUUUAAAGAUUAACGAUUAGAAAUCGCCAUCGACGCACGUGUUCACCUACAGUAUUACAAUUUCUACUGUACAUUUUACUAAAGUUUCCAUAUCAUCGUUUUGAUAAAGUUUAGAUGUACAUACCACGAGGAAAGUGAUUCACUGUUUCUAUAAAAUCACUGAUAAGUAUAGAAUGAACAUCUUUGUAUCGAAUCGUGUACAUUUAGUGCUGAUUUCAAUUAUCUUUGCCUAAUUCAGACCUAAUCUGAGUCGAAGCACCAUUUUAUCUUUUUACUUAAACCAACGCUAAUUCAGUUCUGAAGUCACACGUGAUUAAAUAAAAAUGGGUUUGUUGAUAUAAACACUCUGAAAAGAAAAUUUCAUAGAAGCACCGAAUUAACUACUUUCGUACUCAAUUGCACGUUGUUAAUACCAUUUUACAUUAAGAAUGUAUUGCCUGUAUGUAAACUAGAUCUUAGUAUUACGCUCGAUAACUGUAACAUAUUUUAUUUUUACUUUUCUUAUAUUUAAUUUAAUCCUCUCUGACUUUGGAGGACUUACACAUAAGUACUUUAUACAUAUAUGUAUGUAUGCUCGAUUAUCUUAAAUCUUAUCUAUUUUAUACUACUUUAGUUGCCAAUGUAUUCCAUCGAUGUCGCCGGAUAACCUUUUCAAGAUUCUCGAAAACUUUUAAGGUUGAGAAAGGAGUUCGGCAACACAGUAGCCCGAAGAAUGUUCCGACGAUAGGGCACGUUUACACUGCUGCACUAUGCUUGAAUUAUAUACCCAUUCUUUUUUAUAAAGCCCAAUUUUGAUAUCGAUUACAUAGAAAUAAAUUGUUAACUUAUCGAAUACUUUAGUGCUCGUCGUAAAGGCUUAUCUCGACGUGACCCCAUUAAGAAUCUGUUAACUACGUGACGUAUGGUAUAAACACAAUUUGAUGAAAUAAAUCAUGUGCACCACUGAUAAACUAUCGACCAAUGGAAGACUGUUCUUCAACUCUGACGCAAUUAAUACUGUAAUAAAUCCCAAUCGAAACGCAAUAAUAUACCUUCACGAAAAGCUUUCUAUGAUAUACCAACAGUCUCGAAUCAGAUUUAGGUUUUCAAAAAGUAGCAGCAAUGUAAACGAGCCCUCAGAAUCCCGAACGAAGUCGACAAUUAUCCAUGCACAUUUAUCAUAAAAGUAUACACGAUACAACGGUACGAAACGUUCGUAAUAAUUAAUGAGUGUUACCGUGUAAGCAUCCGCGUGGCGUUGUCAAGAUUCGAAUGCGGCGAAUUCGCGCCGUAAGAUCGUUCAAAAUGGUCGUUACCAGACCCAUGUUCAACGAGGGAAUCCCCGACUCGACGUCGAGGUGGAGA